UCAUCAUACCAGCAACGCAUGCGCAAAGCGAAGUGAAACCAUACGCACCACUACCAAAACACUCAGACAGUGUUACCAUUAUGUAACGUUUCUAAUACACUAACCUUGAUGUUAGAAGGGUAAUUGGUACUGUGUAGGGAGCUGCUAUAGUGGAAAGAAGGAGUCUGCCUGAAACGCUUUAGCUAAAACGGAAGAGGAGACUAAAGCUCUCACUUUGGACUGGGGAGUUUGUGGAAGUCGCUCCAAACAGUUGUCAGACUGCGCACUUGCUUCCUGUUGUCAGUGUGACAAAAACAACCAGCGACGAGAGACCAUGUUACAAACGCUGAUGGCGCUGAGCUCGGACGGGUGGACUCACACCGGAGGUCUCACACCGGACCAGUCCGCCGCCGCCGCCGCCGUGCCCCCGCACCACUAUGGGGCCUCGCAGCCUCAACUCGGCUGCCUCACCGUCCUCAUGUCGGUGCGGGUGUCCGUGUGUCACUCGGGGAUUCGGCCGCUGUGUCUUCCGGGAGCAGGUGAUGAGUCACUCCGCUUGCAGCUUAGCAUGGACCCGGGGAAAUCCGGGGAAUUCCGACUGUCGCUGCAGGACAGCAGCGGGACUGGCCGGAGUGUGACCAUCGCUGAGUAUGAUUUGAAAACCGUAAACUAUGAGGUGAAGUCUCCAAAGUGCCACGAGCUGAGUUUAGCGUCACCUCCACAUGAACGCAUCAGCUUCAACUUCCGCUGUGAGCAGGAGGCCCAGGAGUGGGCCACCGUGAUGAUGUCAUCAUUGAGAGAAGCACACAAAGCUGCCCCUCAAGGUAAUGGUACACAGUGUCCUCCGGAUGGUCUCCAUCUUCAAAACACCUCGGCCUUGCAACGAACAGAAGAAACGUGCAUAGACCUGACCCGAGCUAUAGAGGCAGGUGACAUGCAGUCUGCUUCUGUCUUUGCUGCCACGCUUGCCCGUCAACAUGCUGCGCUCAAGAUCCAGCCCUCUGCCAGAGACUAUGAAGACACGGAAAUCAAUUUGGCUGUUGUAGUUGAGGAUUCUUCUUCAUCUUGUUGUGUCACUGUCAAAGUUUCCCCACAUAUGACUACAGCAGUCCUGAAACAGCAGAUGUUCCUUGAGUAUGGCUUCCACCCACGGGUGCAGCGCUGGGUGAUAGGCCAGUGCCUGUGCACAGACCACCGCUCUCUGGCCUCGUAUGGUGUUCGUCAGGACGGUGACACAGCUUUCUUGUACCUACUGUCAGCCCGCCAUGCUCGCUUGACACUCCAGGCCCUCCAGCAGGACCAGGAGAGUGCCCUCCUCCUUAGUCCUUCAUCUCUGUCUCUCAUACCUCCCCUCCUUGCUACCUCUGCAAAUGGCCCUGCAUCUCAAGAUAGGAGACCUUACACCACCUUGCCCCCGAGACUCAAUAGCAACAGUAACACUGGUGGAUCAGAGAGAGGAAACAUCGGUGAGAUCAGGGAUCUCAUCAACCUAGAGAUGCCUCAACUCAAUGAAGCACUGAGCCCGAACACAACCUCCACCCAGGGUUGGUCGUGUCCGUCUUGCACUUACAUAAACAAACCGACACGGCCGGGCUGUGAGAUCUGCAGUACCAAUCGCCCUGAGAACUACAUCAUCCCGGGGGGAUACCGACCCGAUGCACUGGAACUCAGACGGAUCCAGCAGGAGAAGGAAGCUAUCAGACAGUACCAGCAGGCAAAAGAAGCAGAGCGUAUGGAGAAUUUUGAACGGCUGGUGAUGAUGGAUGGCCAGGACUUGGUGCCUAACCCAGAGCAAGUGGACUGCAAGAUCUGCUACGUGGAGCUAAAGCCAGGAGACGGUGUCCUGCUUAGGGAGUGUCUCCACUGCUUCUGCAGAGAGUGCUUACGUUCAGUCAUCAUGCUGAGUGAAGAUCCGGAGGUGCCCUGUCCCUACAGAGAUGACACCUAUGCCUGCACCUGUUCCCUGCAGGAGAGGGAGAUUAAAGCUCUGGUUCCAGCAGAGGAGUAUGAGCGUUGGCUGCAGAGAGGUCUGUCAGUGGCGGAGUCUCGAUGUGAGGGCAGCUACCACUGCGCCACUCCAGACUGUCUGGGCUGGUGUGUGUACGAGGACACAGUCAAUGUCUUCCACUGCCCCGUCUGCAAGAAACACAACUGCCUGAUAUGCAAGUAUAUUCAUGAGGGAAUGAAUUGUAAGCAAUACCAGGAUGAUCUUGCAGCUCGUGCUAUAAAUGACUCUGCCGCAAGAAGGACAACACAUCUACUCAAGACUCUGGUGCAGUCAGGGGAGGCAAUGCACUGUCCCCAGUGCGGCAUCAUUGUGCAGAAGAGGGACGGAUGUGAUUGGCUGCGCUGCACUGUCUGUCACACUGAGAUCUGCUGGGUCACUAGAGGGCCACGCUGGGGUCCGGGGGGUCCUGGAGACACCAGUGGAGGAUGUCGCUGCAACGUCAACAAUCAGAAAUGCCAUCCCAAAUGUCAAAACUGUCACUGAGAAUGUUGGGUGGUCCGACUGUAGAAGGGAAUGAGUUAUAGAACUUGAAACAAACUAUUGACUGUUACAGGGAAAAGAGGAAUAAUGCAUUUUAAAAGGUGCAUUUAGGCCAAAACUGCAGGAUUGUUACAUAAAAUGCAUCCCUAUUGUUAUAACUGGAGAUAUUCUCAGUUUCCUCUUUGCAAAUUUCUAACCAUUACAAAAUAAUCUUUGACUUUUCAGUGUUAUUAUUAUUAUUAUAACAGAAAGUAUACUGUACCAGUCAAAAGGUCAUACAAGAGAAAAGGGCAAGUUGUGUCCAAACUUUUGACUGUUACUGUAUGUCGACAUCUAGCUUUGCCUCUCAUAAGCAAGGAAACAAGGGAUGUAUGAUUUCAACAUUUCAGUGGCUAACAUAAAUUCAAUUGUCACUCGGAAAGAAUCAAAGUUUACUGCAUGUGGUGCCUUCUCAAAGGCCUGCACUGCAAACGUAGCAAUACGGACGUGUUGUGUUGUUUUGGUAGUGACAUACUGUACCUGGAUGCAUUAAAUUAAAAGUGAAGUGGCCUUAUUCUUGUGCACAAAAGCUGUAGCAGGGUGUUUAUGAUGAAGUUUUCUUGGAAAUGUGAUGAAAUCCUUGUUGUGUCCUUGAUAUGCUAUUUUUUGGCAUUGAAAUAUCAGACUAAUGAGUCUGUGGACUUCUUAAGAGUUGUAUAUUUUUUCUGUCUGUGUGAUAGUGUGACUGCGUGUGUGUUUUGUCACCAAAGAGGUUUGAAAUGAGUGUGUGUCUGCUUGUUAAUCAGCACUCAUCUGUUGUUUUACCACCAGACUUUUAGUGGAACCAUACUGAUUACGUUGUGUUUAUCACUCACAUGUGUGGAUGUAACACACAGCGCAGCUCCUGCCUGGAGUGCAAAAGUCACUGACACAGCAUCUCAUGCUGAUCAGCUGAGUAUUGAAUACUUAAUAAAUGACUGAAAUGAGUGUAUGGAUUAAUAGUCAACUAUUAAUUGCAAUACUUGAAUAUUAUCUAUAAGAAAAGGCACAUGUACACAUUUAGUUGAUAAGCUUAUAUUCCCGUUAAGGAACUCAAAUAUUAUUUAUACGGUGCAUGGUGGUAUUAGUUGGCAUACUAAAUGGCUUUUCCUGUUUUUUAUGGUCUGUGAAAAUUUAUAUCCAUAGUAAUAUUUUGAAUUCAUGUAUGCAUGAAUUUGUUAUUCUAAUAAGUUAAUGGAUUUUCACAUUUCCUACAUGAUCAUAACCAGGAGAAGAGUGAGAACCUUCACCAACUGCACUCUCUGUUCACUCAGAAAAAAAUACGAUUAAAUACCACAGUAUACCCUCAACUACACUACUGCCCUGCACUGACAAGCCAUGAAUAACUUUUUGUUACUUGUGUUUAAGUGUCAGCUCUGUGUUGCUGAUGUACCGUUGUGCCUUAAUGAUCAAUAAAUACCCUUUAAACUGGA